GCUUGUUAGGCAGGAACCAGUCAGACUGACACGCCUGUGGCUUUAUAUGAAGCUGCAAACGUAGGAUUUCUGAGGUUACCAGUCUCCAGCACGUUGCACCAUGGGUCGAUUGUUAGGAUUUGGGUGUCUGUUUCUCUUUAUAGCUCUAAGCAUAGAUGCUCAAAAGAAGUACCCUACAAUAAGUAUCAGAACUAAAUGUUUGGGGAAUGUUAUGCGAGUUGAUGUUGGUCCUCUUGAAGGAAACUAUCUAGAAGUUGCUGGCAUCAUCAAUAACUCUGCCGUUGUGCUCACACCGAGUUUGGCAUCUCAGUGCGGCUUUAGCAUGAAGACUGACCAGCUGGGGAAUGCUCUGAUCUACGUCUCCCUGCAAAACUGUUUUACCCAAAAUAUGGAGGACAAAAUGUUUACAACAGCCCUGCAGCUCCGAGUGCAAGGGGGCGAGGUGUACCAGGUGGCUGAAACGUGCAGCUAUGAUUCCUGGGCCUCUCGGGAGAUUUUCUGUGACUACAACUUCAUGGAGGUCUCUGUGAGACGUGCAGCUCUGGAUGACUAUGCUCUGCCUGAACACACCAUCCCAAAGACUGGCUCAAAGACAACCAGUUUCAGACGAGCUGCUGAGAAACGCCCUCUGGAUGCAGGAUUCAGAGUCACAACAGUUGUGUUUUCAACCCCUGGUGGGGAGAUUCCCAUGAGUGUGGCUGAUGUGCAGAAAAGGGGGUAUGGAAUUGCAAAUACUCCCACACGGCUGGUUCUACGGAGUCCACUGGUGGCACCAGAAACCUUCACCCAGAAUGUUGCAGGAAUUCCCAUGAGUGUUCUCAAAUCCUCCACAAUCUUUGAAAAGAGGUGGCUGGCAACUCAGAUCGACACUUCUGCUGCUUGUCCAGUGCAGGAAGGAAGUGUCUUUUUCACCGAUGCCACAAUCACCUGGUACCUGCCUCGGCACAUCGACCCAUUAAUUUCCUCCGGCUCGUUUAAUCUGCUGGAGUUAAACUUUGGAAUAAAAGGCCAAAGGCUCGACGCUGGAGAGAUGCAGGCCCGGCAAUACUCCGUGUCCCUCAAUGAGUUCUACAUCAUAACUGAGAUUCCUAUUGGAGCUGUUGGCGGCUACUACAAGAGUCGCGUUCAGGAUAACCUGUACUACGUCUCGUACAUGAUCGAGCCCAUGCUAGAGUUGCUCUGGACAGAAGAUCUUGAAGACACGAGAUACAAAGUCUUCCUCAACAUCGUCACACACUUCCUGCCACGACCUCCGCAGCUCAUGGACAACACGAUUCCAGAAGAGCGAAUGUUUAAGAUGACGCUGGGACACUUUGCCUCAGAUGUGGCUUUAAUAAACAUAAGCUUCCCCAAUGAGGUCUUGUCCAUGGCCGACUGCAGUGCCAGAGGCUUUAACGUCUUGGAGUACAUGUCCCCUAACAGCACCAUGAAGGUCUUCACCCUGCAAGUACCCUUCACAUACCCUGCAGUUCAUCAACGGGCAGAAGAUGGCGUUGCAGUCUAUUCCCUUCACCUGACCUUUGGUCUGCUGGUGCUGAACAAGCUCGUUCCCUUCUCUCAUGCAGCUUCUCUGCAAGCUUUUGUUCAAGAGCUGGUUCCUCCAUCCGUUUCUGGUGGCUGUGACAACCACAACUUCUACGUCCUGGUGAAGUUCGGAACCAAGAACUACAGUUUUCAGACGCUGGUUGGAAAGAGCUUCCUGACUCCCACGUUGGCUCAACAAUAUGGCUACAUGGAGAACGGGACGCACUUUAGUUUCGUUGUACCGUUUUCAGCCCCUGACGUUGUGGUUGAGGCUAUUGAGUCUUCAUCUGUAAAAGCCAGAAUCGGAGUGGUGUUAAGAAAUCCAGAGACGAAUGCACUAAUCCAGGACUUCUCUGUGGCAUGCCACUUCCCAACAGCAUUAACUGAAUGCUUCCCGAAUGGAACCAUGACAGCUUUGGCAGUCAAACUGGAGUCGGUACCGUCACUGAACCCCAGUCAGCUCACCCUUGCGGACUCCAGAUGUCACCCCUCUUCCAGCGACGACCGCCAUGCUUACUUUGUCUUUACUGUGAAUUCAUGUGGAACAACCAGAAAGUUUUUACCCAACGCCAUGUUGUACGAGAAUGAGAUUUCCCUGCCAAAUGCACUCCUGAUGAAAAAGGACUCUGACUCGGAGGAACCAGACUACCAUCUGAAGGUAACUUGUCUGUAUGAAAUCAACACGAGCCAGGCGGUCUCCUUCAACACCAGACCUCGUAGAAGUGAACCAUAUGCUGAGAACUCAAAAGGCCAUCUGGAAGUUGUGAUGAAGCUCUCGUUGGAUGACUCCUACAGGGAGUUUCAGCCCUUAGAGGUUUAUCCCAUAGCAAAAUACCUGCAACAGCCGCUGUAUUUUGAGGUGGAGCUGACCGGAACCACAAACCCACAAGUGUCCCUGGAACUGGAAAACUGCUGGGCAACACAAGAUGACAGGACAUCCCAACCCAGAUGGAAUCUAAUCAUUGAUGGUUGUCCGAACCCAGUGGACCCAUACCAGGUGAUCUUUCAUCCUGUCUGGGCUGAUGCCAGGAUUAAAUAUCCCUCUCACUUCAAGCGUUUUGAGGUCCAGAUGUUUGCUUUUGCUGAUGGCAAAGAUGACCUGCAUAACCGGCUCUUUAUCCAUUGUGAUGUUGUGAUCUGUGACGUCAAGAAGCCACUAGGUGGUGUUUGUAGUGGCCAGUGUUCUAUUCCUGAAGGGGUGACUAAAGGUCAGAGGCGCGAUGUUUCAGACGUGUACGGAAUUGAACAUGUGACUGUUGGACCAAUGAGUUUAAACCUGUCAUAAAAAAAACUUUUUAAUAAACCUGUUUUUGAAAUGG